GGACUAAGAACAACACGAAGCGGUGACUUUCCAGAGGAAAUAUCAGUUUCAGUGGCUGCCCAGUUGAUCCGUUCGCUCUGUUGUCUGGGAAUAAAGAAGUGUCAUAGAUCAUGGCUCCCUGGCCCGAGGUGGAAAAGCCUGAAACCAAUAACUAUAUUGGAGACCCUUCCAAACAAAACCAGAACAUGACUGGGAAAGAAGGAGAAAAUCACAAAGGCAACGUGACUGCACUUGGAAAUAAAGGGGAAAUUCAACCUGCAUUUUCCACAAUAGCCUUGAUAGAUGAGACAAGGCCAGAAGAAGAAGAAGACCCAUGGGCUCUGCCGGAACUGCAGGACACUGGGGUCAAGUGGUCAGAACUGGAUAGAAAAGGAAAAAUCAUUCGUGUACUCUACGGGAUAGGGAAGUUUAUUAUGCUACUUGGAUUACUCUACAUGUUCGUGUGUUCUCUGGAUGUACUGAGCUCUGCUUUUCAGCUGGUAGGAGGUAAAGCAGCAGGGGACAUUUUUAAAGAUGAUUCAGUGCUGUCUAAUCCUGUUGCGGGACUGGUGAUUGGAGUUCUGGUAACCGUUAUGGUCCAGAGCUCCAGCACUUCUUCAUCCAUUGUGGUCAGCAUGGUAUCCUCCACACUGCUGACUGUUCAAGCAGCUAUUCCUAUCAUAAUGGGGGCAAACAUUGGCACCUCAGUUACAAACACAAUUGUGGCACUCAUGCAAGCUGGGGACAGGAAUGAAUUUAGAAGGGCCUUUGCUGGGGCAACAAUCCAUGAUUUCUUUAACUGGCUCGCUGUGUUUGCGCUGUUGCCCAUUGAAGUAAUUUCUGGCUACCUUUACCGUCUCACCAGUGUUAUAGUUGAUUCCUUUCAUCUUGAAAGUGGUGAUGAUGCCCCUGAGCUACUAAAAGUUAUUACAGACCCCUUUACAAAGCUCAUCAUUGAGCUUGAUAAAUCAGUAAUAAAUGCAAUUGCUACAAAUGAUGAAGCAGCAAAAAACAAAAGCCUGGUAAAGAUUUGGUGUGAAACUGAAACCAAUGUGACACUGCAGAAUGUCACAAUUCCACCUUCAGAAAAUUGCACAUCUCCUGACAUUUGUUGGACUGAAGGAAAUGUGACAUGGACCCUCAAGAAUAUAACUGAAACAGAAUAUAUCAGUAAAUGCCGGCAUCUCUUCACAGACUCAGACCUGCCUGAUCUUGGCAUCGGUCUCAUCCUUCUGGCUUUGUCCCUGCUUGUUCUGUGCUCCUGUUUGGUGAUGAUUGUUAAGCUAUUAAACUCUGUGCUUAAAGGACAAGUGGCAAGCGUUAUCAAGAAGACAAUCAACACUGAUUUCCCAUUUCCUUUUACUUGGCUAGCUGGAUACCUGGCUAUGCUCGCAGGGGCUGGUAUGACCUUCGUUGUCCAAAGUAGUUCUGUUUUCACAUCUGCUAUUACACCCCUUGUUGGCAUUGGCGUUAUAAGCAUUGAGCGCUCUUAUCCCCUUACCUUAGGAGCUAACAUUGGCACAACCACAACAGCUAUACUUGCAGCUUUAGCAAGUCCAGGGAGUACAUUAAAAUAUUCAUUACAGAUUGCCCUGUGCCACUUUUUCUUCAAUGUCUCUGGGAUUAUUCUGUUUUACCCACUACCUUAUACCCGGCUGCCAAUCCGCAUGUCCAAGACCUUGGGAAACAUAUCAGCCAAGUACAGAUGGUUUUCUAUAUUUUAUCUUCUCCUCUGCUUCUUUCUUUUGCCUUUGUUUGUAUUUGGUCUGUCACUGGCAGGCUGGCCAGUCCUUUUGGGUGUUUGCCUUCCCAUAUUUGCUCUUUUUAUGGCUGUGGUUAUAAUUAAUAUUAUGCAGAAGAGGCGACCACAUUCACUGCCUGAGAAGCUCCAAAACUGGGAUUUCCUACCUGUCUGGAUGCACUCCCUAGAGCCCUGGGACAAUAUACUUAUGUCUUCACUCGCCUUUUGUGGGAAACACUGCUGUGGAUUCUGCAAGUGCUGCAAAGUCAAUGCAGAACAGGAGGGUGCCAAAGACAACCAACCAAAAACUAUGGAGGUUUAUGAAAACACCGUUGCGAUGGCUGAUGAAGAAAGAGGUGGAAGAAGGGCACCAGCUGCAGCUUGUGUUGAAAAAACAGGCACAAACAACACAGCCUUAUAGUAGCAGAUAAACCCAUAUUAGCAGAGAUACAGUAUAUCAUGUCAGGCUCUUGAAAACCACCUUGGACAAUGCACUGAGGACAGAGUGAACAUUUUCUUAGGUUCCUGCAGCCAGUGAUAUAUCACUCAUCAAGGAAUGGAGUCAAACAAGCUUGACAGAGUCCCUAGAAAUCUAUGAUCAGUUGAAAAGCUAAUGACAGAUUUGCUUACAGAGGAUCUACUAUGCGGUAUCUUCAUCCAAUGCUAUCAGUAGCAAACAAAAGAAAUCCUGAUAUAGGCACAUGAAGAGAGGGAUGAAAGGAGUGGUGAUCAAUUCAAACUUAAUUAAAAAACAAACAAACAAACAAUGCACUUGUAGAACAGCUUUCCUGACCUACUAGCUUAUUCAGCAAAGUUACUUUAUAAUACCUAAAAAGCUCUGGAAAUGAGAAAAAAAAAAGAAAAAAAAGAAAAAAAAAAAAAAGAGAACCAAAAAAAAGAGAGCAUCCUAAUGUUUUUAUUGGCCUGUUUGCAGUGGUCAAAAUGAAAAACAGUAAUUUUCCCAGUAUGGACAAAAUUUAUUCCAUGUGUGUGAAAGAAAAUGAAAUGCUGGGAAAUCCUUCAGAAGCUCUGGGAGUCCUACUCUGGCAUAAGGGUGUGCAUAAACCCAUUUUGAGCCCUCUCUGUCUCCUUUAACACUGGGGACAGGAGUUAUAAUCUUUUAUUAUCUCAAGCUAAAGGCCAUAAAAAUAAUUGCUGAUCCCUCUGCCUGCUGAAGGUUAAGCACUGAGUUUGGAGAGAGUGGGUGGUUACCAAAGGGCCUGGUGGACUCAGGAUGUGGUUGUGUGGCCAUUCCUCUCUCCUGAUGGCCCGCUCCAAGCCUGUUCACCAUGUAACCCUGCAAUCAGAGGAAUGGUGCGUGAGGGAGGAGAAGCGGCCAGUGUAGGGGAGGAGACAGCCACCAAGCCUGGGCUGAUGCCAGGAGAUCUGUGUGCAACUGUGGCUCCAUUUGGCUGAGCCACAAAAUGACUUUUCAGAGUAGUGGUGGAGACUGGCUUUAGAGCCACAAAAGAGGGAACCUGGAGAGCAGAUUAUGGCAAGCACGGGACACACGGUAACAUUUACUGGAAAGAAAGGAGUGUUCACUCUGCACCAUCACUUUGUGCUCUGAACCACUCUCCUUGGAAAUGAUGUGAAUUUUACUGGCAAUUGUAUGUAGCGAUUAAAAUCCCAAAUAAAAUCCAUAAUAGUGUAGUCACUACCGUGUGCAGUCAAUCCAUAAGUAGUGUAGCAUUUGGUGGGAAGUUACUUGUGCUCAAAUCUUACCGUUACGGAUGUUUUAGUAAAUGCUUGUGAGGCUGUUCCGAGUCACGGUCUGACAAAAGGUAUAAUUUCAAUGUCAGAAAAAGAGCAUUUCAAAAAUGCACUGAGUACCUCUGCUGGCCUUCAAUAGCUUAGAUAUCAGCAAGUAUGGGAUAAUAUCUGAAGUCCAACCACUAAUGUUAAAAAAAAAAUCAGGUGGCUGAGUGUAGGCCAAGUGUCAUUUAAAGCCAGUUUACGUGGAUGAGUUGUUGAUUAAAUUUGAAAUGGAAAGGCUGAGAAGACCCUUAGUUUAACAGCCACUCAGUGCUGCUAGAACACAUUGAAUUCCAAAUAGUUGUUUUUUUUUUUUUUUUUCUUCAGAGCUCUGGAAUUCAGUUGGUUGAAUUCGGCUAUCAGGUAAAUAUGUAUAUUUUAGUUUUAAUUUACUUUUUUAAACUGACAUUUAAACUGGCAAACAGUGUUGCCGAAAAUGUGUUCGCAAAUUGUAUUCAUACUGAGAUUCCAACUGUUUCUGUAAUUGUGAGCCAGUGACAAAAUGCUUAGAAUCAGAGUGAAUUUUCAAAAGCAUUUAGUUUUGGUAUAGUUCUGCUCUUUUGGGGUUAGUAGCAGAGAGCAGAGUUAUGCCAAACUAUUCUUUUAAAAAUGAUUUUCCUUGUCCUUCAUAUAGCUGAAACAGAAUUUUGUCAGCAUCUCAUUUUUAUAGUGGAAUUUUGAUAUCUUCAGUAAUUCUUCUUCAUUUUAGUCUCGCAAUUAUGGAUGCUUUCAGAAUCUGUUUCUUUAAAUCCCAGCAUGCAAUUCCCAUGCUCUGUUUUUUUGGGAAAAAGAUGAGAAAAAUAUCCAGAAUUCUUUCCAAGUUACCUCAAGUUUCCAUUGACCACCGAUUGAAACAAGAAACAUUAAUCUACUUUUACUCAUUUCUUAAACAAUAUGCACCUUAUUUUGCAUCUUAAAGUAAAACCAUCAAGCACAGUGAUAAUAACUGUGGGAAAGCAGGUGUUACAAAAGAAUCAGGGUAAUAAUUAAUAGUCAGACAUAUCAGUACUUUAUGGUUCCUCAUUGUAACAUUUCCCCUCCAAUCUAUGCCAUUCUUCUCCUCUCUCCUUGCUCCAGGCCAUAUUGUGCCAUUGUUUUAGGCAGAUUCUGGCAAAGAGUUCUGUUUAACACUUGACAGCACAACAUGUCCUGGCAUAUUUUCCCCCCUACUCUUACCAAAAGAUAUUUACACUUUAUUUAUAAUUAUUUGAGUGUACAGAAUUUUUCGUAAGUUAUACAGAAAAAAGCUCGUGAUUGUGUUAUAUAUUACAUAUUUGAAAACUAUACAAUGUUUAUCUAUGAAAAUGUAAAAAGGAACUACUGUAUAUUUUGUAAUAUAACUUUUCAAAUUGUUUGUAACUGUGUAUACUACAUAUUAUGGAGUCUGUUCACUCCAUCAAUAAGUUACAUAAAGAUUGUUAGCAAUGCAGAGACAGAUUUCUUAAAGUAAAGAUGAAAAACACCCACAUACUUUCAUAAUAUGGUUUAAUGCACAAGGAUAUUGAACUCUACUUUUCUAAAAUAUUUGAAUUUUCUGUAAUGAGGAAUUUUGGAAAUACAAGGUUUCUAAAAUACUUUUUUAAACUCUUAAACACUGUAUCUUUUAACUGUUUUGAGGACAGUAUAUGGCUUUAUACUUUGUCAUGAAUAUUCAUCUUGUCUGUCCUCAUGCAUUGAAUGUAAAAAUAAAGAGAAGUUUUAAAAAAAUAA